CUUUAAAAGCUUCAUGUAGUAUUCACCACUCAGCAAAUGAACGUGCUAUCAGACCUUGCUGACUCUUGCUCGCUCCCGCUAUCUUUCUCGAAUACCAGUUCUCCGAAUACCAAUACCCAUAGUCUCCACACUCCUGACUCUGCCACGUCGAUUACACAUUUCCGUAGAUCCAGCACGGGACAUGUGCAAAGCGACCAAGUUGGUCCCUUCCGCUCCGAAAGCUCGAACUCUGGUGCGCGUGCGACUGGUCCUCAUGGCAUCAAGGACGUUGUUGUGCAUGAUGCUGAUCCAUUCAGCAUGAUUGCCAGGGAAUUUGGAGUCGAGGAACAGCUGGUACAAGCCCUUGUGCAGAGGCUUAACGGGUUGUGAAAUCCC